GAUGUGGACGUCCGUGCCUGGGCUGGUCAGGAGCCGAAGUUUCAAGAGGCGAUCAAGGUCUACAAGGAGCUGCUGGGGCUGCCUCCGUACUUCGAGAAUGAACAGGUGCUGAGCAAAAUCUCCAAGAGCAGCGUCAAGAAAGAAUUGCUGCAAAACACCCUCUGUGAGGUCUUCCAAGAGCUGCUCGACGCAACGUACCGCCGCGUGCGGACGAAGGACCGGAGAGGAGAUGUGCCGUCACGGCUGAUCGUCAAGGAAGCCGUGGUUGUAAAGAAUCUGCCGAACUUUGUGGAAUACGUGCGAAGACGCGAGGAGAUUCGGAAGCAAUGCCAAGAGCGUCCCCAUCCAUCCACGCUCCUCAACCAGCUGGAGAGCAGAUCUGUGUGCAAGACAUUUGCUGCCUUGCCCAGUGGGAAGCCGUUCCACCAAGUUUGGAGAGAGUCUCACGACCUUCCGAAUGAUCCAGUUGAUGCCGGCAUCAACGAAUUUUAUCUUUUUCACGGAACAAAGCCUUCAUCGGCUUUGGCCAUAGCAGAAGGUGAUUUUCGUCUCGACCUGGCCGGUUCAAACGCUGGGACACUUUACGGAAGAGGCCUCUACUUCAGUGAGAGCACUGGAAAGAGCGACGAGUACGCGACGGAAGACAGCCGAGGACUUUGCUGCAUGUUGGUUUGCCGCGUCACUCUGGGCCGCCUACUGUACUCCGACGAAGAAUAUCCGAACACAAACGACCUCGUCAGGCGCUGUACCAGAGGCGAAAACCAUUCAGUACUGGGAGAUCGUGAGAAGAUCCGCAACACGUUUCGCGAGAUGAUCGUCUACGACACACACCAGGCUUAUCCGGAGUUCGUCGUGUGGUACUCGAGAGAAAUGUGA